AUAUGUGAGGCGAACAAUGGAUUUACUGGACUUCUGAUUAUUGUAUUGCCUCAGUUUUUGCUAGACUUGAAUAGUCUCUGUGAUCUUAUUCUCAAAACAGUCACGGCGGAGAAAAAAUUACCGGACCUCAAAGGAUACGUAUGUCUUGUGACGGGUGCCAGUCGUGGCAUCGGCCGGGGAAUCGCACUUGCUUUAGGUGGAUGCGGUGCCACUGUGUAUAUCACUGGCCGAACUCUCAAGCCCAAGGAAGAUACCAAGGAGGGCGAUGUGGGAGGAAGUUUGGAGGAGACAGCUGCAGAUAUUAAAUCGCGUGGUGGGGUAUGGUUUUUCCCCAAAUUAUCUAACCUUGUGUUUUUAUUUUAUUUUCACUAUGACAGCCAGGUGUACAAGCUCUUUUCACGAAUUCGCACUGAGCAGAAGGGUCGGCUGGAUCUCCUGGUGAACAACGCCUUUGCAGCAAUCAACUACAUUACCUCACACGAUGGCAUGAGUUAUUGGGAGCUGGAGGGGUCAGGUGAUGCUGCCGCCGCCAAGGCCUGGGACAUCGUGAACGGGGUGGGCCUGCGAAACCACUACAUCUGUGCCACGCUGGCUACACGCAUGAUGCUGGAGUAUCGCGGCGAACUGACAACCACCACUCAGAGCGGUGACAGUGAGAAGGAAACUCAAAAGGCUUCCCAGCCGAGUGACGACAGUUCUCGUCCACGUCCAGGCCUCAUCAUCAACAUCUCCUCCAUUGGUGGUCUGCGAUUUCUCUUCAAUGUAGCCUAUGGUGUUGGUAGGUCUGUUGCCUCGUAA